AUGAGGACCAUCGUGACCGAAUUGCUGACUACACCACGAGUCACCGAGCGAAUUGCAAGCAAAAUCCUGGAUGAUCGCCCAUUUGCUUCAUUCAGAGAGUUGGAGAGAGCAAUAUCUGAGGUGCCGCGAGGAAUGGGAGCUCUGAAUGCCUAUAUGGAAACAUUGGAAAAUCGAGGAAUUUUAGAAAAGAUCCUGGAUGACUGUAAAGAUCAUGCAGAAGCUGUAGCUGCAGAAUUUGAGCACUUAUCUCAAAAAAGACUCCAACCGAAACUUCUCGACAACAGUUGCUCGUUGCACGAAUACCAACAGGUGGGAUUGAACUGGCUGAUAAUGAUGUAUGAGAAGGGAUUCAAUUGCAUCCUAGGAGACGAAAUGGGUCUCGGUAAAACCAUACAAGUGAUAGCAUUUAUUGCUUAUUUGAAAGAAGCAAAUGUUCGUGGUCCUCAUCUUGUCGUCGUUCCAUCUUCAACCAUUGAAAACUGGAUGUCAGAAUUUAUAAAGUGGUGCCCAAAAAUUCGCUUGUUGACAUAUUAUGGAAGUCAAGAUGAACGAAGACAACUUCGCCACAUGGCAAAAAAGAAGAAAGAGAACAUUGAUGUUGUGCUGACCACUUACAAUAUGAUCUCAUCCAAACACGACGACAAGAAGUUUUUCAAGAAUUUCAGUUUACAUUAUGUUAUUUAUGAUGAGGGGCAUAUGCUGAAGAAUUGCGGCACUGAUCGUUAUAGAAAUUUGAUGAAAGGGAAACGAAAAAUCCUGAUGACUGGUACGCCACUCCAGAAUAAUCUCAUAGAAUUGAUAUCGUUGAUGUAUUUUGUAAUGACCAACAUAUUCACGAAGUAUUGUGAGGAUAUCGGACAACUGCUUCAGCACUUCAAGCAGCAAGGUCCUGCUCUGGAAUCGGGGUCGUGUUCUAUGUAUCAGAAAGAUAGAAUAGAACAAGCUAAGCAAAUCUUACAACCAUACAUUCUACGACGAUUGAAAACGCAGGUACUGGGUCACUUACCCGAAAAACAUGAAGAAGUGAUUGAAGUGGAGAUGUUAGAAGACCAGAAGGAGUUCGUCAGAGGAUUUGAUGGUGAUACAAGUAAUGCCUAUGGAGCUUUGAUUCGUUUGAGACAAGCUGCAAAUCAUCCUUUACUGAGACGGGUACAAUAUACGGAUUCGCUUGUUGAUAAACUCGCAAAAACGCUAUGCGCGAAGGUUAGUGAAGUUUGAGU